AUGGAUAAUGGCGACUUUAGUGGAGAGAUGGUUUGGGGUUGCAAACCUAAGCCAUGCUGGGGGGUUCCGCGUGGUGAGCUUGAGUUCAAGGGUGCUUUCGAUGAGGCUUCUAAUAAUCUUAUUAGAGCCGGAGGGAAGUUUGCUGCGUUGAUUCAACUUUAUGACGGGCGCUCAAGGGUUUCGAGAAGAAAAGAUGCUUUUGAAAAGAAGAUAGAAGCUCUCAAAGGUGAGGUUGCGAAGGUGUCUGGCCUUGAGGUUGAAAAUAAUCAACUUCGGGACAAAAUUACGCAACUGGAGGAUAAAGCCUGUCGGGACAUGGAAAACUCGAUUGCCGAGAUGGCUCGUCUUCGCAAGUCUCGGACGAAGUGGGCUGAGUUGACGGCUGCUCAGGUGUACGAAUCAAUGCAUAAUUGGUAUACUCCGAGGUUGGACCGUAUAGGUAGAUACGUCAGUCAGCGGGAUGCAGUGGAGAAGGCGGUGAUUAGGAUUCAAGUCGACGAGGCUCUUCUUUCCUAUGUCAGGAAAAUAAAGGGGGUCGAGCAGGACUUUGAUGCGGUGGAGAAGAUGCUUGCGGCCCGGUUGCGGGAGAGUAAGGCCGCCGGAGAUUUGGUUGAGGAUGACGAAGUUGAAGCUGAUGACUAUGCUCCGCCCUUAAGGUUAGAUCUUCGUUUUCGUCUUGCUGAAUUUUGCUUUGAUAGCGCAUGGAUUGUUCCACGGAAUUUUGAUCAAUAUGGGUCAAUAUAUCGAACUUUCAGGCCUACCCUAGCUGAGCUGGCGUUUCCGGGAUCCCCAUCGCGUCAUCAAUCGAAGUAG